AUCAAAAUAAAAAUACGCAGUAUUUGUGAUUUAAUAGUUUAAUUUUAUCUUUCACACAAAGUUUGAGCAAUAAUUUAAGAUGAAAAGAAAGUUAGAAAACAUUGAUGAAGAAGAAAACAAGCUGUCUAACUUGCUAUUCAAUAAACCUGAGCAAUUCGCAGAGAAAUUAAAACAAGGUGUCAAAGAUGAACCAUCAAGCUUAGAUUUAAAACCUGCAUGGAUUGAUGAAGACGAUGAUGCUUUUGAUGCUAAAAUAAUACCCAACACAACCCACCGUGGACUGUAUAAGGAUGCCUUGAAGCAAAAAUAUGAAACUUUAAUAGGUACACCUAAUUGGGCCCGUCUUGACAGAGUAGUCAACAAAGAGAAUGAUGAUGAUGACGAAAUAUUGAGGACAGUGGGCCAUCUGCAGAAGAUCAAAAGUGUAACUUUACCUAAAGAUUUUCUUCAAGUAGCCAAAUUUCCUAAAAUUACUUUUGAUGGUGAUAAAAAACAAACCAUUACAUGUUUAAAGUUCCACCCCACCGCCAGUGUUGCUCUGGUGGGCACACACCUCGGAGCCAUUGGCUUGUUCUCCAUCGGAGGAGAUGUCAACAACCAGCUACACAGCUUUCAGUUAAAGAACUUCAGAGCCACCUGCGCUUGGUUCACUCCAGAUGGAUCUGAAGCAUACAUUGCCUCCAAAUCCCACCAUAGUUACUGUGUUUACGACCUUGUCAAAGCUGAGCCCAAGUACCACCAGCUACCCAGGACCAUCACUAAACCUACUGCAUUUGUCCUGUCCCCAUGUGGCAAAUACUUGGCUGUUGCCACCGGGUUUGAUGAGGUGUUCAUUAUCAGUACAGCUUCUAAAGAGCUCUUGAAAGCACUGAAACACAAUAAUGAUGUUGAAUCAUUUGUAUUCAGCCCUGAAACAGACAAACUGUACUGCUACUGCAAGCAGGGAGAAGUCUACAUUUGGAGUAUGUCCACUUAUAGGGUUGUCAAGAAGUUUUAUGACCAUGGUUGUGUGACAGCAUCCUGUAUAGCUGUAAGUCCGUGUGGCCGUUUACUGGUAACAGGCAGUGGGGAAGGUAUUGUCAACAUUUAUCAGACCUCUUCACUGGAAGCUCAAGACCCUAUGCCAGUGAAGACUGUAGAAAACUUGAAGACUAAAAUCACCAACAUACAGUUUAAUAGCACCACAGAAAUAUUGGCAGUUUCAUCUGUGUUCUACCCAAAUGCAGUGAAGUUCAUCCAUAUUCCGUCAUAUCAUGUGUUCUCGAACUUUCCACAACAGGGUCUAAACCUCGGCCAGGUGGAUUCCAUCAGUUUCUCACCAAACAGUGGUUUUGUAGCUUUAGGUAAUAACAGGGGCUGCACAUUCUUGUACAGACUUAAAUAUUAUAAGAAUUAUUAAAUUAAUCUAACUAUCA